CAUUACAAACACUCGCAUCGAACCAGAAAAAAACGCCAGGAUAAUGAGCCUACGGUGGAUCGCCUUGCUGGCAGCCUUAGCAACGGCACAUUUAUCGCUCAACAUAGUUGAAAGUAAAUCUACGAUGGAGCAAAUGGCUAAAGCUAGUGAAAUGAUGCGGAAUGUUUGCAUAGGUAAAUUCAAAGCUACGGUUGAGCAAGUUGAUGCACUAGGCCGUGGGGAGUUUGCUGACACUAAGGAAAUCAAGUGCUAUGUAAACUGUGUACUGGAAAUGAUGCAGGCGAUUCGCAAAGGUAAGGUGAAUGCCGACGCCGCAAUCAAACAGAUAGAUAUGCUCAUUCCCCCGGAAAUUGGCGAGCCAACCAAGGUGGCCUUUGACUCUUGCCGCAAUUCGGCUGACGGAAUAAAGAACAACUGUGAUGCCGCGUUUGCCUUGGUGAAAUGUCUGCACCAAAAUAAUCCCAAAUUCUUCUUCUUUCUCGAGAUUCAGUUUGCUUCACCCAGAUCAGAGUCGGAAAGACGUUUCAGCAUGAGACAUAUACUAUUGUUAAUUGCAUUGUGCAUGUGCAUAGCUGGAUAUAUCAGCGGCGUUUCGGGCGCUAUGACACAAGAAGAGAUGAACCAGAUCGCAACAAUCAUGCGGAACACCUGUCAGCCGAAGUACGGUAUUACCGACGAUAUUGCGUCCAGUCCGUCUAGGGGGGAAUUUCCAGACACACGUGAGUUCAAGUGCUACGUGUCAUGCUUGAUGGAUCUCACGCAAACGUCUAAACGAGGAAAACUUAAUUAUGAAGCUGCAGUCAAACAGAUUGAGCUGCUGCCUGAUGAGUACAAGGAGCCGUUUCGCCAGGGAUUGGAUACUUGCCGCCAAGCAGCGGAUGAGAUAGAAGACCAUUGUGAGGUGGCUUACGCGUUGCUAAAAUGCUUUUUCAGCGCGAGUCCUAAGUUUUAUUUUCCAUAAUCAACGCGCCCUUGUAAGACGAUUACUCGGCAAAAGGAUUGGAAUUAAGUACAAUAAACUACUGGAUCUUUACUGAGUUUUUCCAA